AUGGUCGACUACAAUCUUUAUACGGUCAAUGACCAUCUUAAGCCGAUCCUCCGGGCGGGCGGCGUCACCCGCGUGACAGGAAGGAAAAAGACGGAUAUGAUAGCGUGGUGUGAGAAAUACGAUCGGGAAAAUGCGCCCCGGACUGCACUCGACCUCGUACCCAAUCUUCCACCUCUGAAGACCCAGCAGACAAAUGAGUCACGAUCUGCUACUCUUAAUGCAACGCAAUCAUCGAAGUCGAAGGGGGUGUCUACAGACUCGAGCGCCCCACGUAAUGAAGACACCACCCAGCCUCACAACGCGAGUAACGAUGUCGAUGGUGACGUGGAGAUGGGCGACGUACGGGACCUUGAGCUCGAGAUGCUAGCAAAGGAGCGUCCCGGUCCUGUUGAGCAGGUUCCCGUCAGGAUUGCAGAAGAAUCUCCAGAGAGUCGUGACUACCAUAACUGGAGUGACGAGAAGUUGGUUGAGGCGAUCUUGCGUCGCAGUGGAAAGGAUAAGUUGGACGGACGAGUGUCAGAAAGGCAUCAGUGGAUCACUACACUGCACGCACUGGAUCGUGUAGCUGGAGUAGAUGGCACCAACCCUGGUAUACAGUCGAACAACGGACAUGGCAAUCCAAACGCUUCGAGUGCCCACGAUCAGGGUCCAACUGUGCCAUCGAUAUCGAAGCCUCGAAAGCGGAAGCAACCAGCAGGUGAAGGUACCAGUCAGUCGAUCAGCGAGUCAAAAGGCAGAAACAGACCUGCUCGGAAGAAGAGAGCAGUUCAUCGUACUUCUCCUGCACAAGCCCCGGAACCAAAACAAACCCUGCACCUACGUGGGCUCAAAGACCCUGUGAUAGAGCCGACACCAGGUACACACAUUAUUGUCGACUGUGGCACAGAGCGUGAUAUGAGAUUCAUCGACCGCAUACCGAGAAACGGACUCAAUAAUUUCGAGCAAGUUCAGCUGGAGAUUCAGCAGAUAGAGGCCGAUAUUCGCGUCGCCGCCGAGGCAGGCGUUCCGUAUAAGGAGCCGUCGCCGCCACCAGAGGCUUGGGAUUGGCGGGUCGCGAAUCGUACUGCCUGA